CACGACUCACGACUUUUGACUCCAAGACUCUGACUUGCUUGCCUUGCCUCUCACUUCUCAUGACCAACAUACAGCCCGUCACAAAGCUCUCGAACACGCACACAGAAAGUCGUGGGACAUGCCCGCCUCUGUAACAUUUCACUGCCCUUGCCUGGGACCCAAUGCAGUGGGGCCUCAGGCCUGUAGCUCUACCUCUGCUGCGCAUCCUUCACAAUACGGGCAAGGAUCAGGGCUACCUGGCAGCAGCAACAGCAACAGCAACACUCAAGCAUCGAGCAGCGCCUCGGUGCCUCUCUUAUCCAAUCGCGACUCCUUCCAUCAACUCUCCUCGCUCUACUUUUGCGAAGAGUGCGACUCGAUCCGAUGUUCGCUGUGCGUCACUGUAGAGCCGUCUUCAUACUUUUGCCCCAACUGCCUCUUCGACGCUCCACUGCCUUCGGUCAAAGAGUCAAGGGGCAGAUGCGAUAGAAGCUGCUUUGAAUGUCCAAUCUGCCAGACCGCAUUGAACUUGGUCGGGUCGGACAAUGAGAAGGGGAUCGAUCCGCUGCACGCCAACGCUAGCGUCGGUGUGCCCCCUUACUAUCUGCUUUGCAACGUUUGCAAGUGGGACAGCAAAGAGAGCAGCAUUACGUUCGAGAAACCCACAGGUCUGGCUUUACAAAUGAAGCGUGCAGAGAAGGUGCCCCCUGAUUUUGACGAAUUCGACGGGCUCAAAGCACACUACAAAGAUUACAUGGAAUAUCAGCUGACUUUGCUCGAAGACGAAAGCAGCUCGAAUGCUAUACCUGCAUCCAGCAAGUCAAGCGCCGCGAUGGCAGCAGCAUCAGCAGCACUACGCCAGUCGCGUCUGUUGAAAGACGUGCCAAGUCUUGCUCGAGAUCAGCGAUUUCUUAAAGGUCUGCAGGGCCCUCCGACAAGGGAUAAAGACGCUGACCAGUACCACAAGGAGAAGAAUAAAACUUACAAAACCAAGAAUGGCUACGUGACAGGUGCGAACGGAGUUGCUGGCAAGAGGGACGAGCGCAGGAUCAGGCUGAGCGAGAGGUUGAGCGAUGGGUCGACUUUUACGACAUUUGAUCAGAGGUGGCAAAAUCUCUGGGACCAGAACGUCAGAGCUGCCGAACUGAGGCCCACACCAGUGCGCUUGCAGGCUAAGCAGACCAAACGCUGUCCAUCAUGCAGACACAUCAUCAUCAAGCCGGACAUCAAGGCGCCCGUCAAAAGGUUCAAAAUACGAUUGAUGGCGAUGAACUACCUGCCGGACAUCUUUAUCCUUGGACCCGUAACAGUCGCGCCUCUCUUGGGUGGCAAUGUCGGCCUGUCAGUUGAGGAAAUCCGAGCUGCAAAGAGAGCGAGUCUUCUAGGCGGUGCUGGAUCAGUGGCUGGUAGGUCUUCGGAGUCAGGCACGGGCAGCUCGCUCAGGAGGCGACCACAGAGCGUAAUGGUGGGCGCGGGUGGUGGUGCGGGGCUUGGAGGCAGUGCGUUUCUGAGUGGGAGCGCCGGCACUUCCAUGGACGAAGAACAUUUGACACCUGGACGGAUCUACACCUUCGAAGUCACUUUUACGAACCCACUCGACGACGCCAUGCAAGUCAACUUGGGCAUCAUCUUGCCUAGCAGUGCAACAGUUCCCGUCGAGCGCGCAGCGCCAGAGUCUCCUCCGCCUCGAUCAGCCCAGGGAUCCACUUCUCCCCCUCUGCCUUCCUCACCCCCAGGAACGCAAAGCUCUCCCCGGAAAUCGGCACCAGCUGGCUCUAAUCAAGAUCCUACGUCUCCCAAUCGAGCAAUGUCUCACAAUAAGCAAAUUUGGUCCGUCACGCCAAGCACGACAUUUUUCCCCAUCAACGCCUUCAACGAGGUGUGGGAGCUGGACGAGGAAGAUGCAGACCUACUCAAAGAACCCAGGCCUUCGCUCUUGGGAGACGAUGUGGAGGAUGAUCCGGGUAGAGAUGACUUUCUGGACGAGGAUGGUAUCAGGCAAAAAGGCGCUGGUAGAAGGACGAGGAAGAGUGAUGGCAUUUUGAAAAGAAAGGGCAACGCGACGACCAUCGGUCUGGACCUCUCGCUCGGCAAGGAAGCUGCGGGUGACAUCGAGUUCCUGCUUUACGUAGCAUAUACCUAUCGGCCUGACGAAGCAUUGGAGGAAGAGGGCGAGAAAGGACACAAGGGCUAUGCUGGCAAAGCCGAGCAUGCUGACCCUUCGCACUCUGCAGCCAAAACCUUUUCCUUCUGGUGCCGGGUGCGUCUGGGUCACUGCGAUGGUGCAAGCACUGCAACGGGCACAGGCUUGCCUUUGACUAGUGCGGCUGGUGCUAGUCGCGGUGCAGGACUGGACAGGAGAAGGAGCGUGCUUUCGUUGGGUCCGACAAUGACAAACGUUGGCUCAAGAAACGUCUCUGGCCUUGGUAUUAAAGCUGAGGGCAAAGACGCACCCUCGGUGACUUCUAGCAGUUUCACAUCACCCCCGGUACUGGGGAGAAAUGCUUCCACCCUGGAAACGCCCAGGGAAGACGCUGCAGAGGACGCAUGAGUGGGGUAACGCCAGCGCCAAAUGUCACUCGUCAGCAGAAGCAGGCUGGCUCUUACAAGACUGCGGGCAGCCUUGCAUCUCGCGCUGUCCAUCCCUGGACAAGUAUUCGAGACGUCUCUUUCGUUGGCUCAACAGGGUCACUGGGCCAAUUCAAGUGUCAUGCAUUUAGGCGAUACCCAGCAUGUAGUUGACAAGCUGAAUGAUGACAUCUUGCAAGAGGAGCGCUGGCUCGUUGGACCCAGGCGUGGGCUCAGCAACGACUGCAUCCUCGCCUACAUGUUCGUACCACUCUUUGAGAACGUCGACGAUUUGGCCGUCCAGCUUGUGUCCCUUGCGCGAGAGCAUCGUUCGCAAAUGAGCGGCGACUCCGUCAUCUUCCAUGCAGAGCCAAGCAAUGAUAUAGCUUAUGUGCUGCAGAGAAUGCAGGCCUGCAUCCAGACGACGCAGGUAGAAGAGCUCCUCUUCGAGUGA